AUGACACAUAACGAUGAACGAAUCCCAUUCGAGAAUGAUGAUAAUAAUGAUAAUGACAACAAUAACCACCAUCAAAACAUCCAAAUCGACGAAAAUAUAAGUGAUAGUAAUUCGAAUAACCACCACCUCGAUAAUAGGUCAUACUCUGAAGAUGAUUUCUCCGAUAUAAGGUUAAGUGCAAGUAAUAAUAAAACAACAAUAAUUACUAAAAAUAAUUUUAAUAAUAAUAAUAAUAAUAUCACUGCCACCACCACAACAACAACUGCUUCUACCACUGGUGAAAUUGAAAUGGAUGAUAUAAAUCAACAUCAAUACAAUGGUGCUAUCAUUGGUAAUGGUCAAUCUUCUGAAGACAGUAUUGAUAAUCAUGAAGAAGGAGCAAGUAACGAAAAUCAAAAAAUGUUAGACAAAGAAACCACCACCUCCAAAGAUUCAGAUUCAGAUUCAAGUGAUGGAAUUACAAAACCAAAGAUUUUAGAUGAAAUGGAUGAACCAGCUCAACCAAUUCCAAGACAUAUUUGGAUUAAAGUUUUAUUAGUUUACUAUGCUGUAUUUUCUGAUGGUUUAUCACUCACUUUGAUUCAACCAUUUUUACCUCAAAUCCUCGAAAAGAGAUGGGGUUUUGAACCAGCUGAUGUUGGUUAUGUUUCUGGUAUUUUAGUUGGUGUAUAUUCAUUCGCUCGUUUUGGUUCUGGUUUUUAUUUAGGUCAUUUUUCAGAUAAAUAUGGAAGAAAACCAUUUUUAGUAAUGAGUUUAUUUGUUACAGGUAUUGGUACAGUUUUAUUUGCAUUAAUGCCAAAUGUUUGGUUUGCACUUGGAUUAAGAAUGAUUGAAGGUUUGUUUAGUAAUACUACAGCAUUAUGUCAAGCAACAUUGGCAGAUAUGGUAGAUAAAAAGAAUAGAGCAGCGGUUUUUGCUUAUUUAGGUGGAACUUAUGCUUUGUCACGUUGCAUAAGCUCUUCAAUGGGUGGUUUCAUUGUAAAGAUAUUCGAGGGUACUAGUAAUCCAUACCUUUAUCCAUGUAUUAUAGGUGGUGGUAUAGUUUUGUUAUCAUCAUUACUUAUACUUGUAGCUCAUCCUGAAACUCAUCCAAAAUAUACCACACUUUCCUAUGAUGGUAAUGGUAAUGGUAAAGAAUAUAAAACCAUCAACCAAGUUACUACCACUCAAAUCGAAGAGAAUAAUAAAUCAACAACCACACCAAAAGAACCACCUAAAAAAGAUAAGACAUUCAAAGAAGGUAUGCAAAUUAUUUUGAAAGAUCGUGGUUUAUUAUUGUUAAUGGUAGUUGGUGGUUUAAAUAGUUUCAACAAUGGUGGUUUAUUAUUGUCAUUGGUAUUGUUUUCAUCUGCACCUACAGUGAAUCGUGGUUUGGGACUCGAUUCAAUGGGAUCGGGUAUCAUUUUCACCAUUCUUGGUUUCUUUGGUUUCUUAUGGCAAAUUUUAUUGUUCAAAAAGGUUUCAGGAAGAUUCGGUCUAAAGAGACAAUAUACAGUUGGUAUGAUUUUAUUAUCGAUUGGUAUGGCAUUGUUCCCAUUAUCUUAUGUCGCUUGGAAUAUUCAAGGUUAUCCAUUGGUUUGGGUUACCAUUGGUAUCGUGGUGCCAAUCAUUUCCGUUGGUUUCAUGAGUGGACUUCCAAUUGUACAAGGUAUGGUUGCAAAUUGUUCAAAUCCUGAAAUUCAAGGUUUAACUCAAGGUUCAACCCAAUCCAUCAAUUCAAUGCUUCGUUCAUUUGGUCCAGCAAUCUCUGGUGCCAUUUUCAGUGCUUCAACCGCUCAUAGUCAACCAUGGGUACUCUUUAUUGUUCUCUCCAUAAUUUAUGUUUGUGUGGCUAUCGUUAGUCUUUAUUUACCUGAUACAGUUGAUAUCAAUCAUAAAGCUUUAAAACAAAAGAGAGAAUUAAGAAAAAAUAAUUCAAAUUAA